GCCGCGUUAUCCUGAGUUCCAAUUUAUUGCAAAAUGGCAGCCAUCUUGUUUGGUCGGCUAUGUGGCCGAAGUUCGCGUUUUGUGAUUAGUUCAACAAGACCUAUUUUAGCAUCAUCUUCAAUGACAUGUUUUCCAACAAUCCAGAAUCAAAAGGUACCACUAACUAAGGCUAUUCACUCUACUUCUUCAAACAAGAAGACAACACUAGAGAUUGCACCAUCUACAGCAUCGACACACUGGAUACUUGAACGGGGUUUUAGUAUUGCCUUGUUAGCCCUAAUCCCUGCUGGUAUUUUUUAUCCGUGUGCUGCAGUGGAUUGGGGGCUAGCCAUCUGCAUCCCUGUUCACAAUCAUUGGGGUAUCCAUGCAAUCUUGGCAGAUUAUGUCAACAAAGGUCCUAAAAUGCCUGCCAGGGCAAGAGGAAUCUGGCUUGUUCUUACUGUCUUACAAUUUAUGGGUCUUUGUUACUUCAAUAUCAAUGAUGUUGGUAUCUGUCAAGGCAUUAAGAUGAUCUGGAAUAUUUAAUAAAAUGUACAAAACAAAGAAAGAAAUCCCAGAUGGAAUCUAAGAAUAAUGCAAAGACAUUGAAAUGAACUUUGAACUAAUCAAGUGUGGCUGGUUGAAGAGGGUUAGAUUGCAUAACUUGAACUACACGCUUUAUUGUGUAGACUGUUUCAGUAUGCAUACUAUGCAAAUAAAGAGAGAGAAGAAGUUGUGCUGUUAUAGCAGUGCAAAUUUUGAUUUUUUUUUACAGUAAAGAGAAUAUAUUAAGAUAUUGGGAACUUCAGAAAGCUAUGAAUAAUAGUAAUUAUUCAUUGGAUAAGUUGUAAAACCAAAAGUUAAUUAACCUGUAAUGUACUUUUCAUUUCAUUGAUAAAUGCUUACUGUAAAACCUCCUAGCCAUUGUAAAAACCAUAUAGGAACAAGAAGUGUUGAUCUUGUAAGAAUAAACCAUGCUUUACUUUACUGUUUGGCAUAAACUUAGGUCUAAAUCUGCGAUUACUUAUACAAAUAUUCCAAUGAGAUCCCCUCCUUUUGCAUAAAAGACCACAUUCAUAAGAAAUUAUCAUAAUAAAGUUUAGAGCCUGAA